CAAGCAAAGCCUCUCUUUUCUAUGGAAGCUGAAACCAAAGAUUCACACUGCGACAAUUCACCAAUGUGCAGCCAUUGCCAUUGCAAAUGUAAACGUAUCUGCACACCAAGAUUUUCUGUUCUAUACACUUUCCUUCAUUGCUGACCAUUUCACCUGCACAUUCCCUCUUGCACCACCAGAGGACUUUCUUGGGUUUUUCAAAUUUCUGUGAUGCCAUAAGCAUUAAAGUAAAGGUAGUCCCCUGGGCAAGCACCAAGUCAUCACUGACUCAUGGGGGACGUCGCACUGAGACGUUUUCUUGGCAGACUUUUGUUACGGGGUGGUUUGCCAUUGCCUUCCCGUUCUGAGCCUGCUUGCGGGGAGAGCGGACUAUAAAUUAAAUUCAUAAAUAAUACAUUGUUGCUCUUCCCGUUUUUCUCUGGCUGCUCCCCAGAUGGGGAGUGCUGGGGGGGGCGGGGUUUGCCCAUCUCUAGUGCAAGUGGUAAUUCUAGAAACCAGGGACAAUUAGGGGAAGAUGUUCCUCGUCAGUUUUGCAGGCCUUAAGGAAGAAGUCAGCUCUUCAAUUCAAGAAUGACCUUCUCAAAGAGGGAGGUCUACCAAGGUUGCCAACCUCCCAGUGUGUCCUGGAGAUCUCCUGGAAUUACAAUUGAUCUCCAGACUAUAGAGAUCAGUUCCUCUGGGGAAAAGGGCUGCUUUGGAGGCUGAAUUCUAUGCAUUAUAUCCUUCUGAGCCCCCUCCCUGUUUAAACCCCAAGUUUCCAGGAAUUUCCCAAAUUAGAGUAGGCAACCCUAAAGUCUGCCUACUGUGUGCAACUCCUCCAACCACCUCUCCUUUCUUCUUUCCUCACUCAAAUUUCCAAAGACCUUUUCAAAGUCCGGCAGCAUUUGAGCAAACGGCACGAGGAGUUGACCACGGAAGUGCAUGGCUAGAGCAUCCCUGACCUCUGUCUGUCCACGUGAUCUUUGAAAACCUUCAGCCAGGCAGAACGGAUUCCACCCACCCUUAUAUAAGAUGUAUAUAAAAUUCUAAAAUCAUGCAAGAUUUUCUCCCCUAAGAGCAAAAGCCAGGUCACCCAAUGGAAAUAAUCGACUCUAUAUUUUGGACAGACCAAAGGAAAAUCCUCUCUCCUAAAACAGUAUGGUGGAAUUUGCUACCACAUGACUUGGAAAUAUUUUUGGAGGUUAAGUCGGCUGUUACUUAGGAUAGCAAAAUGGAACCUCCAUGUUCAGAGGCAGUCGCACCCUGAACCCUUAAGAUUGCGGCAGUCUAUCUCUGAGUUUGCUUCCACAAAUGGACACUUCUUCCACUGUGCUCUCCUUCCACAGUGUGAAUAGGGGCCAAGCAUGAAUAGGGGCCAAGCAUGACGUGAUUGGUCCAGCAACAGUCUCCUUCCUGUCUCAGGAUGUUUAUUUUCAAUCCUGUCUCUUACCUUGGUGACCUGAAGUUUGGGUUCCUCCAGUUAUCUCCUGCUGCUCCUCCUUGUUGUUCCAAUGGUUUUGUUUGCUUUGGCAAUGUCCCAAGGAGCUAGGUGAGGAAAUAUGCCCCCCUUCCAGAAGCACCUGGGGCCAAUGCCCUCGAUUAAUGAGUGACAGGGGGCCAGCUAUCCCCUUUGGGGCUCCCUCCAUUUAGAUAGAUCCAUCGUCUUCACCCUCAACAGCAUCUCAGGACUGAGCCGCCAUGAAGCUCCUUGCCAUUACGCUGGUCUUGGCCACCCUGACAGGGUGCCAGGCCUCGGUCCUCAGAGAUGACUUGGAGACGGUACAGCAUUACUUCGAGCAAUACUUUAGAAACAUGAGCAGAACCAUUGGGUCGUGGGAUUCUGUCCUCAGCGAUGAACCCAUUUCCAAGGCACAGCAAUUAGUGCAGAACAUUCGUGAAUACUAUACAGACAUCAGACGAGGCAUCGACGAGCAACUGGCCGUGGUCAGUAGAUCGAAUCUUGCCCACGAGACGAUGGUCCACAUUGGUGAAAGGUUUUCAGACAUCAAACGACAUUUUCAGAAACUAAAGACCGAAUUGCCUAGCGAGGUCUCACAAACCUUUGACCUGGUUGUUGGAAUCCCAACGGGUGUGGCAGAAAAGGCUUUUUACGUGUUUUCGGGAUCCGUAACUAAGCUGCAGCCUGCUACGGUAGAGCUCUAUGACAGGUUGGAACCUGUUGUGAACCCCUAUGCCAAACCAGUAGUAGAUCAGGUGAAGACGUAUGCCGAUGCUCUCCGUACCGGAAUACAGGAAUUAAACAAAAACCAGAAGGAGAAGCUGGCACUGCAACUGGAACAGCUGGGAACUGAGCUGGGCCCUUACAUCAGGAAUGUUCAGAACCGGUUGCAAGAAUUCCGGGUAGCCUUGCAGCCCUUGGCGGAUGAGGUGCGGGAGAGGUUCAGAGAAAACGUGGAGAGCGCUACCAACUCUCUGAAGCCUCACGUGGGCCCAGUUCUGGAGAAAAUCAGAGAACACACUGUGGACUUCAAGAAGUGGGUCGACACCCAUGAGGCUCAGUGAUUUUCCAAGAACAGAACCCCAGUCUACCUGUUUGCACCUGAGGGACUAGUGCCUCAACAACUUUUGAGCGAGGAAGAGGGUUAGAGCAUAUCUGUAAACCUCCCUGAGAUCAUGUAAUAAAAAGAUGUGACUAACAGUGACUGCUGGGGUGGGGGGGGAGUAUUCUGUUUAUAUAUAAUUGUCAUCAGAAGAAGGGAAUUUUUCUACUCUCUUUCCCUCUUGUUCUUGUCCUACAAUCCCCAAUGGGGGCAUCAUACGGCCUGGCAAUACAUUUCCUCCCUGCCUGCUUUGAGUCUUGGGGAUGAAAUCCAGUGAGUGGAACAGGAAAAAGACAAAAAAAACCCCAAGCUUCAGGUUACUCUCUGUCGGUAGACAGAGUAGCAAAGGACAGAUUGCUGCCAGGAAUCUUUGGCCACAGGCAUAAUCUCUCUGGGCUUGGAAACCAUUCCCUGGGACUGUGCAAGGAGGAAGCAAAGCCUCUCUUUUCUAUGGAAGCUGAAACCAAACAUUCACACAGUGACAAUCCACCAAUUUGCAGUCAUUGCCAUUGCAAAUGUAAAAGCGUCUGUGCUAGCAAAGAAGUAUCCACACACACCAAAAUGUUCUGCUCUGUACACUUUCCCUCAUUGGUAACCAUUUCGCCUGCACAUUCCCUCCUGCGUCAUCAGAGGGCCUUCUUGGGUUUUUCAAAUUUCUGUGAUGCCAUAUGCAUUAGACCUGUGUGACGGCUCAGUCAAGAGCCGCACGUGGCUCUUCUGAGCCCUGGUGCCCAAUGUGCCAGCUGCUAUGUUUCACAAAAGUGCGCAAGGCCCUUGGCCAAUGGAUCUUGCGGUUGGCAGCCACCAACAAAGGAACAAGUAAAAUGAUAACCUCCCUCGGGGUGCAGGGACCUCAGGGCAAUGAUAGAAGUAAAUGUGGCUCUUUUGGGGUAAUUCCACUUGUGGUUGUCUGUGAGCCGUAGAGUGAGUCCCAUUCUGUUAGAACGCUAUAACAAUCUACCGUCACCAUCUGAACUGUUAGCUUUCUUCUUUUUAAAAAAGUCAAUUUCUUCUAACCCAAAAUGAAAAUGUCCAGAGGUUUGCCAUUUUUUUAAAACUGUGAAAGCUGGGAAUCCCAAGGAACUAGUCAGUUGUGGAAUCAGAUCGGAGAUCAUUUGAAUCAACAGCAAUAUCUACAGAACAACAUGACAGCAACAGGUCUUGAGUCCAGUGGCACCUUAGAGACAUCUGAAGAAGGCAGCUCUGGCUCUCGAAAGCCUACUUCCUGAAAAUCUUUGUGGUCUCUAAGAUCCCAUUCGACUCAAAUCCUGCAACGCUACAGAAAUUGUGUUUUUUAUAAUAGGAUCCCACCCCCACCCCCAAUGGCACAGAGCAUGAAUUGGACUGCAAUUGUUUUCAAAACUAUAUCAAACCAAGAUUGGGAGAAAGAUCCAAGCAAAGUAGGGGAAAUAGUAGGGGAAUCUAAUAGGCUUGGGCCUGGCACUAGCAGGAGCUUGUGGGGGCAAGGUGUGGGGCCUGAAAGUGUCAUGGAACACAGCAAUGUCACUUCCAAAAGAAAAUCCAGAAAUGACGUCACCAUGAUGAGAAAAGCUCUAGGAACUUUCCUCUAUGGUAAAGGUCAUAGAGAUUAGGACGUUUCCUAGAGAGUCGCUUGCUGCAGUGAAAUUGUUGCUCUCCCCAGGCUGCUCCAUUGAGCCCUGGUGUCAGAUGAGGAGUGCUGGAGGGGGUUUGCUCACUUCUAGUGCAAGUGGCAACCCUAGAAACCAGGGAAAUGGACAUUAGACACUUACAGGAAGCUGUAGGGUUACCAGCUUCCAGGUAGUGGCUGGAGAUCUCCCAGCAUUACAACUGGUCUCCAGGCCACAGAGAUCAGUUCACCUGGAGAAAAUGGCUGGCUACUGUAGACUGUAUGGAAUUAUGCCAUGCCAAGGUCCUUUCCCUCCCCAAAUCCCUUUCUCCAGGUUUCUCCAGGUUUCACCCCCCUGAUCUCCAGGAAUUUCCCAGCUUGGAGUUGGCACCCCUAGGAAGCUGUCUUGCAGAUGCACUGCCCGCCCUCCAAAAUAUGGAUGCCAAAUUGCAGCAAAAUUCUCUGUGGAAGCAAUCGGUCACUUUCCAAAGUGCAGGACUAAACUGAGGAUUCUCCACCAAACAUAAUGCCUGGAGAGAGAAAAAAGGGGAAGUGGGACAGCUUUAAAACACAUUAAAUGGAGAAACCUUUAAAGUUUAAAUGCUGCACCCUUCAAUGCACUUUCUAGGAUAGGACUUACUCCUGGAUUAAUCAUUCUUGGGACUGUGGUCAGUUGGGCAUUUUUAUAGGGAAUCGGUCUGCUUUGGACAAAGGAUUUCUUUCAAUAAAUUGUCCUUUUGAUUGAAAAAAGAGGUGGUUUCCACGUCCUAACAUCGCGCAACGCUUCAUGGCGCAAUUUUUGACAUCAUCAUGUCACGAUCCUGUUUUCAUGGCACAAUGCCAUCAGAAAUCGUGCCACAAAGAGGUCUUCAUUCUGUGAGUGAUGCGUGACAUUAAGACGUGUGGAAACGAACAGAGUAUGGAGCAGGUUAAGCUCUUUCUUCCUUGUCUGUUUUGGAUGCCCUGCCAGGCUUGGCAGGCCUUAAGGAAGAGGUCAGCCCCUCAAUUAACGAAUGUCCCUCUUAAAGAGAGAGGUCCAUCAAGGCUGCCAACCUCCAGGUGUGGUCUGGAGAUCUCCUGGAAUUACAAACAAUCUCCAGAUGAUGGGAACUAGUUCCUCUGGAGAAAAUGGCUGCUUUGGGGGCUGAACUCUAUGGCAUUAUACCCUGAGCUCCCUUCCCUGUACAAACUCUGCCUUCCCGAGGCUCCACUUCCCCAAGUUGCCAGGAAUUUCCCAACCCAGAGUUGACAACCCUAAAGUCUGCCUACUUUAUUGGACUCCGCCAACUCCCUCUCCUUUCUUUCUUCAGCAACCAAAUUUCUAAUGACCUUUCCAAAGUCCAGCAGCAUUUGAACAAACGCUAUGAAGAGCUGUUCACAGAAGUGCAUGGCUAGAGCAUCCCUGAGCAGAGGCUGUCCACGUGGUCUUUGAAAAUCUCUGGCAAGGCAGAACAGAUAGAUAAGACCUACAUAAAAUUCUAAAAUCAUGCAUGAUUUUUCUCUCCUAAGAGACGAAGUCAGGAGGACACCCAAAGGAAAUGAUCAACUAUAGAUUUUGGACAGGAGAAAGGAGAGUCCUCUCUAUAUUGUCGAAGGCUUUCACGGCUGGAGAACGAUGGUUGUUGUGGAUUUUCCGGGCUGCCAAGACCACGGCAAUACAGCCCAGAAAAUCCACAACAACAAAAAUCCUCUCUUAAAACAAAAUGAUGGGAUUUGCUUCCAUGUGAUUUGGAAAUAUUUUCGGAGGUUAGGUCAGCUGUUACUCAAGAUAGCAAAAUGGAAUCUCCAUGUUCAGAGGCAGUCGCACUCCGCAGCCUUAAGAUUGAGGCAGUCUUUACCUCUGAGGUUGCUUCCAUAGUGCUCUUCUUCCACAGCAUCAACAGGGGCUGAGCAUGGCAUGAUUGUAGGGUUGCUAAGUAGGGUUGGCCCUGGUCAACUCAGAUUGGAGACCAAUGAGGAAGGUUGAGGUUCAUCUACAAAGUCAGGCAAUGACAAAACUACCUCUGCCCCUUGAAAGCCCCUUGCUGGGGAUCUCCAUAAGCCAUUUGCACAGCUCAAUCAUAACGUAAAGUGUAAUGACGCUAUAGCAAUGGCUCUUCUGCUAGUUUUCAAUAUGUUCUGCUGUGUGGAGAGAGAGCCCUCAAGCCCAAGUUGACUUAUGGCUACCCCUGGUGGGGUUUUCAUGACAAGAGACUGAGGGCCAAGCUACAA